GACGACGGAAGCUCCAUCGUUUGAUUAAUUUGCUGGGAAUAGGCUCAUUAAGAAGUCAAUUUUCGCCUAGCUGCCUAAAAUGGCUCCCAAGCCGCCAUCUGGUACAUCUUCUAGAGCCUGGGAUGGAGUCACACCUUCUUUAUCGGAUUGGGUACUGGACGCCGUUUCUUCUAUGGGCUUCACGCGGAUGACGCCCGUGCAAGCAUCCACCAUUCCCCUGUUCAUGGCUCAUAAAGAUGUCGUAGUGGAAGCUGUGACUGGAAGUGGAAAGACCCUUUCUUUCUUAAUCCCCGUCGUGGAGAAGCUUUUACGCCUUGAAGAGCCCCUCAAGAAACACCACAUCGGCGCAAUUAUCAUUUCUCCGACAAGAGAGCUCGCUUCACAAAUAUACAAUGUGUUGCUAUCAUUACUUGCAUUCCAUCCUCCAUCUGCUUCAGUCAUUAACCCCCUCCCAGACGAUGACACCCCCCGUCAAAAAUUCUCGUCCUCUACCCUCAAGGUUGUUCCGCAGCUACUCCUCGGAGGCUCUACUACACCAGCUGAAGAUUUGAGUAAAUUCUUGAAACAAUCGCCGAAUCUGCUAGUUUCUACUCCUGGACGUUUGCUGGAGUUGCUCUCCUCGCCUCAUGUCCAUUGUCCCCAAACUUCAUUCGAAAUGCUUGUCUUGGACGAGGCCGAUAGGCUACUGGAUCUUGGAUUUAAGGAAACUCUGCAGAACAUCAUACGUCGGUUACCCAAGCAGAGGAGGACAGGAUUGUUUAGUGCAAGUAUCAGCGAGGCUGUUGAUCAGAUUGUCCGAGUUGGCCUGCGCAAUCCUGUCAAGGUCCUGGUUAAGGUCAAAGGGACAUCAGGUGCUCAGGACAAGCGAACUCCUGCAAGUUUACAAAUGACAUACCUUACAACUCCACCGAUGCACAAAUUCUCUGUCUUGAAGCAAAUUCUUCACUCCGUUCAGCCGGCUCCUCAAAAAACCAUAUUUUUCGCCUCAACGUGUUCUGGAGUUGAUUAUCUCUCUGCCAUACUGCCAUUGAUAAUUGGCGAUGAUUUCCAGCUGAUACCACUUCACGGCAAACACCAGGCGAACGUCCGCGAGAAGAACUUCAACCGUUUCGUAAAUUCAUACAGCCCAGCAAUUCUAUUGACAACUGACGUCGCUUCUCGUGGAUUGGAUAUUCCAUCCGUUGACCUCGUUGUUCAGAUAGAUCCCCCAUCAGAUCCAAAGACGUUUAUCCAUAGAUGCGGCCGUGCUGGAAGAGCUGGCCGAAGAGGUCUGAGCGUGGUCUUGCUGCAUCCAGGGCGGGAGGAAGACUACGUAUCGUUCCUCGAAGUUCGCAAGACCCCAGUAGCUCCAUUUCCACACUCCAUCACCGUUUCAGAUGCUGAGGCAGCAGCUGCUACGAAGGUUGCACGCAAAGCCGUGCUGGCGGACCGUGCACUCCACGAUCGUGGCCAGAAGGCGUUUGUCAGUUGGCUAAGGAGUUAUAGCAAGCACCAAGCAAGCAGCAUCUUCCGCGUCGCAGACCUUGACUGGGAGAGUUUGGGGAAGGCAUGGGGGCUGCUGAAGCUACCUAAAAUGCCCGAGCUGAGGAAUUUCACUGGUGAUAGAACCCUCGGUGUUAGUCUCGCUUGGGAUGACUUUAAAUACAAAGACAAACAACGGGAGAAACGUCGCAUAGAAGCUCUCCAGGAGAGUAAAGAAGCCAAUGGCACCGAGCAACCCUCCAACAAGAGAAAGGCCAACGAAAGUGUCGCCUGGAGCAACAAACUCGAUGAUAGAAACAAAAAGCAGAGGCGGCGAGAGCAGAAGCAACGCCGACAAGACAAGAAUAAGUGGGAGAAAAUGACGGAAGUAGAGCGGCAGAAGAUGCGGGAGACGGAGAGAAUGGUGGAAGAGAUCAGGACCAAGAACGAAGAAGAGCGACGAGUUAGACGCGCAGCCAAAACCGCAGUGGCAAAGGCUGACGGUGAAGAAGAAGAGUUUAAAGGGUUUGACUAAGAAAAGUUACAGAGAUACCUCAUUGUUUGCCUUAGAUACACGUAUGUUGUCUGAUAGCGCCGUGUGAUCAACCUACACGCACAAUUUUCUCCCCAUCUUUUGAACAUAUAGGGUACUUCGUACCACCGUGAACUUAGUCUAAUCUGUACCGUCAAGUCAUCAAUGAAGAUGCCAUCCCAAAGUUUGCUCCUGGGCUACCUUCCAAUCUCAACAUGCUCACCCACAUACCCACUCGUCCA